AUGGGCAAGCCCUUCAUGCCUUUCCAGCAGCUGCUGGGAGUCCUGCCUUCCGCCAGCAAAGACUUGCUGCCCCAGAGCUACAGGGUAACAGACAGACAGACACGCACGCAUAGCAGCAUUGUGGGGACCUAUGACACACAAACACACUUUCCCAUAACACACACACACACAGUUCUGAUACCUGUGUUUUAUUCUUUGCGCAGCACCUGAUGACAUCAGAGAAUUCUAGCAUCAUUGAGUAUUACCCUCUGGACUUCAAGACGGACCUUAAUGGAAAACAACAGGAGUGGGAGGCAGUGGUGCUCAUCCCCUUCAUCGAUGAGGUACGUAGACACACACACACACACAAAUAAAAGUAAAUGACAUACUUCAUACGUGUCUUUGUCUUAUGUUGCUUAUUUAUUUGCGUGUUUCCUUUCCAGAGAUGUUUGCUUGCUGCGAUGGAGCCUUAUAACGAUCACAUGACCAAGGCUGAGAAGGCCCGUAACCGCCACACACAGUGUGCUGUGUACAGCUAUGACACUGAGCUAGACUACCCCUACACCUCCACCCUGCCUGAACUGUUCCCCAACAUCAUGCACUGCCACGUCAGGUGAGACACACACACACAUACACACACACUGAACACACUCACAGAUAUACACACACACACACACACACCUGACGCUAACAUACAGUGAUGUGAUUGGUGUUUUCCAGGGUGACACCAGUUCCCAUGGACACGUGGCACGUGUCGUUGAGCCACGUGGGGCGCAGCAUCAACAGCAGCCAGCUCUACUUCUGUGGCUUCCCCACCUUAAAGCACAUCAGACACAAGGUACCACAGACAGACAGACAGACUACAAUUCGCUACAGUAAAAGCUAGGCUAGUUUGAUGAUAUUUCUCUGACAAGUUGCAAAGUGUGUCGUGUUUCUGGUGCAUGUAUUUCAUGAAACUCGUUCUCUACAAUACCUUGCUACAACAAGUGACUACUUUGUUUGAAAGUUUCAUCACGUCUUUGUAAAGAGGCAUCUUAUUGAUCUGAAUGCCCGGUCUUCAGUCAGCUGUUCUACAACACUCUAAAAUGGGUUAGUUUUGUCUCGUCUUAUGUUAGCUAUUGUAUCUGAACCGGGCCUUAGCAUUCACAUUCCAGCUCAGGUUUCAUCCAUGUUAUGAAGGUGGAUAUUGAUUGUGCACCCGCCGCUUACUCGAUACCCGGGCUUGUAACUGCGCGUUCAUGUCGGAAGUGGCUAGUCGAACGACGAGCUCUUCGUUGAGACAAUGCUCCAACAUCUAUCCCUGGACGAUUCACUGCCACAUCAAAAUGAAACAAAGUUAUCCUGCAUAAUGAUGAUCCACACUUCUUUGACAAUAUAUAUAUAAUAAAUUAUCAACCCUGCAAGCAAUACCAGACUCUAUUAUUAUGAUGGGAGAUUAUAAUACUGUUUUAAAUAGCUCAAUGGACCGUAAAUGAAAUCACACUACAAACUAUCACCCUCAUGCUCUUAAGGAAAUCGUGAAUGUCAUGGAUACAUUAGAACUAGUAGAUAUAUGGAGGCUUAAAUAUCCUGAUCUAGUGAGAUAUACAUGGCAGAGACUUAAUCAAGCUAGUCGUCUUGACUUCUUUCUUAUGUCAUUCUCGUUGGCACCAAAAGUUUAAAAAGUGUUGAUAGGGGACAGAAUGCGGUCGGACCAUCAUAUAAUUGGCAUAUACAUUACUCUUACUGAAUUUCCACGUGGGCGAGGAUAUUGGAAAUUGAAUCAAAGCCUAUUGGAUGAUAACUUGUUUUUAACUAGGACCGAGGAAUUUUUAUAACUGUUUUUUUCCGACAUAACAUAGGUACAGCAAAUCCCCUUAUUGUAUGGGACACUUUUAAAUGUGCCUUUAGAGGCCAUGCAAUUCAGUACUCAUCUCAAAAACAAAAGCAAUUUAGGUCAAAACAGUCCAUAAUAACAAAGGAAAUAGAAGGUCUAACAGAACAGAUAGAUAGCAAUAAAAACUGUAACAUAGAGGCUCAGAAUAAAUUAGAGGAAAAACAAAAAGAAAUGGAGAAACUUAUUCAAGAAAGAUCAAGUGUAAUAUAUUAUUUUAAAAAAGCAAACUGGAUGGAAUAUGUGGGAAAAUGCACCAAAUAUUUUUUUUUUCUCUUCAACAUAGAAAUGCUACCAAAAAUAAUUUACUGAAACUGGUUACAAAUGACGGAGUCACCCAUGAGGAAACAAAGUAUUUUAAGCAUAUGUUUUCGUUUCAGUCGCCUCCAUCUCUUCUAACUGAAGCUAAUUGUCAAGAUUUUUUUUCUAUUGAUAAUGUAAAAUUAACAACCAUACAGAAAGACUCAUGUGAAGGUGAAAUUACAGAGGAGGAACUUCUGGAUGCAAUUAAAGACUAAGUCUGGGAAAACUCCAGGGUUGGAUGGCAUACCAGUCGAGGUAUACCAAACCUUUAUUAAUAUACUCAGAGGACCGUUAUUAGCAUGUUUUAACCACUCCUAUGUAAAUGGUAGAUUAUCAGACACUCAAGAAGGUCUGACUUCAUUAUUACUGAAACAGGAUACAAGUGGAAAAUAUAAAGAUCCAGUCCAUUAAAAAAAUUGAAGGCCCCUUACGCUAGAAUUAAAAAGGUAUUGUCUAAUCAGACAGGUUUUUUACAUGGACGAUACAUUGGAGAUAAUAUAAGGCAAGUACUGGAAACAAUAGAACACUAUGAAAAAUCUGGGAAACCAGGCCUGCUAUUCAUAGCAGACUUUGAAAAGGCAUUUGAUAAAUUACGACUGGGGUUUAUAUAUAAAUGCCUGGAGCAUUUCAAUUUUGGAGAAUCUCUUUAUAAAAUGGGUUAAAAUCAUGUAUAGUAACCCUAGGUGUAAAAUAGUAAAUAAUGGCUAUUUCUCAGAAAGUUAUAAACUGUCAAGAGGAGUGAAACAAAGUUGUCCACUAUUGGCAAAUCUAUUUAUUAUGGCCAUCGAAAUGUUAGCUAUUAAAAUCAGAUCCAACAAUAAUAUCAAGGGAUUAGAAAUCCAGGGCUUAAAAACAAAGGUGUCAUUGUACGCUGAUGAUUCAUGUUUUCUUUUAAAUCCACAACUUGAAUCCCUCCACAGCCUCAUAGAGGAUCUAGAUACAUUUUCUAACCUUUCUGGAUUACAACCAAAUUAUGAUAAAUGUACUAUAUUACGUAUUGGAUCACAAAAAAAUAAAAAAUGUUACAUUACCAUGUAUUUUACCAAUAAAAUGGUCUGAUGGUUAUGUGGAUAUACUCGGAAUACAUAUCCCAAAUGAAAUAAAUACAUUUUAAUAGAAAGUUAGCCAAAAUAGAUAAGAUCUUGCUACCAUGGAAAGGUAAAUACCUGUCAAUUUGUGGAAAAAUCACCCUGAUUAACUCUUUAGUAUUAUCCCAGCUUACCUAUUUGCUUAUGGUCUUGCCUACGCCUAGCGAACAGUUUUUUAAAAUUAUAUGAGAGAAAAAUAUUCCAUUUUAUUUGGAAUGGCAAGCCAGACAAAAUGAAACGGGCCUAUUUAUAUAAUGAAUAUGAAUUCGGAGGACAGAAAUAUAUUAAAGCAUUAGACCUAUCAAUAAAAACUUCAGUCAUACAAAAUGUAUACUUAAAUCCGAACUGGUUCGCUAGGAAAUUAGUAAGAUUGUCUCACCCAAUGUUCAAGAAUGGCCUUUUUCCCGUUUAUUCAGAUUACAACCUCUCACUUUCAGUUAUUUGAAAAGGAAAUAAUCUCCCAAAUAUCACUAUUUCUAAAACAAGCCAUAGAAUGUUGGUUGCAAUUUCAAUUUAAUCCUCCAGAAACGACAGAAGAAAUAAUGCAACAAAUAUUGUGGUUAAACUCAAAUAUACUAAUUGAUCAAAAUUAUUUUUUUGAAUUAAUGUUUGAAAAAGGUAUAAUCUUCGUAAUGAUAUCAUAGGUAGGACUGGUGGAGUUAUGUCGCACAUGCAGCUAACAAAAACAUUUGGAAAUGUCUGCUCUACCCAAAAUUACAACCAAAUAAUUGCAGCAUUAUCGCAAAAAUGGAAGAGGAAAGUGGAAAGGGGAAAAAGUAAGGAACUUGUCUUUCGGCCCUGCAUUAAAGAACAUAAUUGGUUAAAGAAAAUGUUGAUUAAUAAAAAAGUAUACCAGUUUCUUUUAAGGACCAAAGGAUUGACAGCCGUCCCAUAUACCAAAAAUAGUUGGGAAGAUUUUUGACGUACCGAUUCCAUGGCAUAGUGUUUAUGAACUGAUACGCAAAACGACGCCGGAUUCAAAAUGUUUCAAUUUAAAUUAUUAUAUAAAAUUAUUGCUGCCAAUAGAUUGUUAUUUAUAUGGGGGAUACAAUCUUCCCUGCUCUGCAGAUUUUGCUGCGAAGAGACAGAAUCAUUAGAUAAUUUGUUUUGGUACUGUCCAUUUGUAGCUUGUUUUUGGACACAGGUCCAGGAAUGGCUAAAGGAUUGCAAUAUUUACCUGGAGCUAACCCUGCAGAUAGCACUACUGGGUGAUCUGAAAAGUCAUAAUCAAUCAAUCAAUAAUAUAAUAAUAUUUUUAGCAUAAAUGUUUAUUUUCAAUUUACAAUCUGUAGAAACGAUGAGAAUGGAAGGGUUCAGAACUUUUGUAAAACGUCACAGUACAGUUGAAAAAGAUAUGGCAAAUACAAAUCCAAUAUGGAUGGUGUUAAGAGAUAGAUGAGAGGGGUUGAAUGGAGUUGAAGGAUGGGACUAAUAACAACUAACAACAACUAAUAACAAGAUAACUAAUGUCAGCAUCCCGGAGUCGCCUCUUCACUGUUGACGUUGAGACUGGUGUUUUGCGGGUACUAUUUAAUGAAGCUGCCAGUUGAGGACCUGUGAGGCGUCUGUUUCUCAGUUGUGCACCGGGGCCUCCCACUCCUCUUUCUAUUCUGGUUAGAGCCAGUUUGCGCUGUUCUGUGAAGGGAGUAGUACACAGCGCUGUACGAGAUCUUCAGUUUCUUGUCAAUUUCUCGCAUGGAAUAGCCUUCAUUUCUCAGAACAAGAAUAGACUGACGAGUUUCAGAAGAAAGUUCUUUGUCUCUGGCCAUUUUGAGCCUGUAAUCGAACCCACAAUUGCUGAUGCUCCAGAUACUCAACUAGUCUCAAGAUGGCCAGUUGUAUUGCUUCUUUAAUCAGCACAACAGUUUUCAGCUGUGCUAACAUAAUUGCAAAAGGGUUUUCUAAUGAUCAAUUAGCCUUUUAAAAUGAUAAACUUGGAUUAACAAACACAACGUGCCAUUGGAACACAGGACUGAUGGUUGCUGAUAAUGGGCCUCUGUACGCCUAUGUAGAUAUCCCUAUGUAGAUAUUCCAAAUGGCUACAAUAGCCAUUUACAACAUUAACAAUGUCUACACUGUAUUUCUGAUCAAUUUGAUGUUAUUUUAAUGGACCAAAAAAUUUAUUAUCUUUUGAAAACAAGGAAAUUUGUAAGUGACCCAAACUUUUGAACGGUAGUGUAUGUAUAUGUAUGUAUGUAUGUGUGUGUAUAUGUAUAUGGGGUGUGUGUGUGUGUGUUAGUAUAGAGAGAGAUAGAGAUAUAUAGAUAUAUAGAGAUAUACAUAGAUAGAUAGAAUAUUUAUAUAGACAUAGAUAUACACAGAUAUAUAGAUAUAUAUAUAUAUAUACAAUAUAUAUAUAUAUAUAUACACAUAUCACAUAUACAGUUAUAUAUAUAUAUAGAUACACAUUAUAUAUAUAAUAUAUAUAUAUAUAUUAUUAUUAUAUAUAUAUAUAUAUUAUACACUUACAUAUUAUAUUGUACGUAUGUAUGUAUGUGUGCGUAUAUUUACACACACAUACAGAGGUGGUCCUCUGUAGCUCAAUGGUAGAGCAUGGCGCUUGUAAAGCCAGGUAGUGGGUCGAUCCCCGGGACCACCCAUACGGUAACAAUGUAUGACGCACAUGACUGUAAGUCGCUUUGGAGUAAAGCGUCUGCCUAACAUGGCAUAUUAUAUAUAUAUACAGCUGUGGAAAAAAUUAAGAGACCACUGCACAUUUUUCUUAAAUCAGCAUCUCUGCAUCUAUGACAGCCAUUCCAUUCCAGUGUCUGUUGAAUUCCAACACAGGCACACCUCAUUCUACUGAAUUAGGUACUGAUUAGGUGAUCACAUGAACCAAAUCUUAUUUAACAAGCAAAAUUAUAAAAACCACUGCUGUGGUCAUCACUAUCCUCUUGCAAUAGGUCCAGCUGGAUGGCAAAAACAGUGCUAAUAGUACCUCAAAAGUAAUAUUAAUCAAAAAAUAACUAUUGACCAUGACAAAAGAGUUGAAAAGGAAAGUUUUGAAUGAGGAAAAGAAGGGUUCAAUUCUGGCUUUACUGGCAGAGGGAUACAGUGAGCGUCAGGUUGCUUCCAUCCUUAAAAUUUCAAAGACGGUGGUUCAUAAGAACAAGGUCAAGCAGCAGACAUUGGAGACAACAAAGCUACAGACCGGCAGAGGGCGAAAACGACUCUCGACUGACCGGGAUGACCGCCAACUCAUUCGAAUGUCACUCAACAACCGUAGGAUGACAUCAAGUGACCUACAAAAAGAAUGGCAAAUGGCAGCUGGGGUGAAGUGCAUGGCGAGGAUGGUUCGAAACAGGCUCCUAGGGGCAUGGCUGAAGUCGUGCAAACCUAGAAAAAAGCCCUUCAUCAAUGAGAAGCAAAGAAGAGCCAGGCUGAGGUUUGCAAAAGACCAUAAGGAUUGGACCGUAGAGGUCAUCUUCUCUGAGUCCAAUUUUCAGCUUUGCCCAACACCUGGUCGUCUAAUGGUUAGAUGGAGACCUGGAGAGACCUACAAGCCACAGUGUCUCGCACCCACUGUGAAAUUUGGUGGAGGAUCGGUGAUGAUCAGGGGGUGCUUCAGCAAUGCUGUAAUCGGGCAGAUUUGUCUUUGUGAAGGACGCAUGAAUCAAGCCACGUACAAGGUUGUCCUGGAAGAAAACUUGCUUCCUUUUGCUCUGACAUUGUUCCCCAACUCGGAGGAUUGGUUUUUCCAGCAGAACAAUGCGCCAUGCCAUACAGCCAGGUCAAUCAAGGUGUGGAUGGAGGACCACCAGAUCAAGACCCUGUCAUGGCCAGCCCAAUCUCCAGACCUGAACCCCAUUGAAAACUUCUGUAAUGUGAUCAAGAGGAAGAUGGAUGGUCACAAGCCAUCAAACAAAGCCGAGCUGCUUGAAUUUUUGCGCCAGGAGGCGCAUAAAGUCUCCCAACAUCAAUGUGAAAGACUGGUGGAGAGCAUGCCAAUACCCAUGAAAGCUGUGAUAGAAAAUAUGUGUUAUUCCACCAAAUAUUGAUUUCUGAACUCUUCCUUAGUUAAAACAUUAGUUUUGUGUUGUUUAAAAAUGAACAUGAACUUAUUUUCUUUGCAUUAUUCGAGGUCUGACAACACUGCAUCUUUUUUGUUAUUUUGACCAGUUGUCAUUUUCUGCAAAUAAAUGCUCUAAAUGAUAAUAUUUUUAUUUGGAAUUAGGGAGAAAUGUUGUCAGUAGUUUAUAGAAUAAAACAAAAAUAUUAAUUUCACCCAAACACAUACCUAUAAAUAGUAAAACCAGAGAAAUGUAUAUUUUUGCAGUGGUCUCUUAAUUUUUCCCAGAGCUCGUCCUCUGUAGCUCAAUGUGGUCCUCUGUAGCUCAAUUGGUGGAGCAUGGCGCUUGUAACGCCAGGGUACUGGGUUCGAUCCCCGGGACCACCCAUACGUAAAAAUGUAUGCACACAUGACUGUAAGUCGCUUUGGAUAAAAGCAUCUGCUAAAUGGCAUAUUAUUGUAUUUUAUUUAUAUAUAUAUAUAUAUAUAUAUAUAUAUAUAUAUAUAUAUAUAUAUAUAUAUAUAUAUAUAUAUAUAUAUAUAUAUAUACACACACACACAGUGGGGGAAAAAAGUAUUUAGUCAGCCACCAAUUGUGCAAGUUCUCCCACUUAAAAAGAUGAGAGAGGCCUGUAAUUUUCAUCAUAGGUACACGGACAAAAUGAGAUUUUUUUUUCCAGAAAAACACAUUGUAGGAUUUUUAAUGAAUUUAUUUGCAAAUUAUGGUGGAAAAUAAGUAUUUGGUCACCUACAAACAAGCAAGAUUUCUGGCUCUCACAGACCUGUAACUUCUUCUUUAAGAGGCUCCUCUGUCCUCCACUCAUUACCUGUAUUAAUGGCACCUGUUUGAACUUGUUAUCAGUUUAAAAGACACCUGUCCACAACCUCAAACAGUCACACUCCAAACUCCACUAUGGCCAAGACCAAAGAGCUGUCAAAGGACACCAGAAACAAAAUUGUAGACCUGCACCAGGCUGGGAAGACUGAAUCUGCAAUAGGUAAGCAGCUUGGUUUGAAGAAAUCAACUGUGGGAGCAAUUAUUAGGAAAUGGAAGACAUACAAGACCACUGAUAAUCUCCCUUGAUCUGGGGCUCCACGCAAGAUCUCACCCCGUGGGGUCAAAAUGAUCACAAGAACGGUGAGCAAAAAUCCCAGAACCACACGGGGGGACCUAGUGAAUGACCUGCAGAGAGCUGGGACCAAAGUAACAAAGCCUACCAUCAGUAACACACUACGCCGCCAGGGACUCAAAUCCUGCAGUACCAGACGUGUCCCCCUGCUUAAGCCAGUACAUGUCCAGGCCCGUCUGAAGUUUGCUAGAGUGCAUUUGGAUGAUCCAGAAGAGGAUUGUGAGAAUGUCAUAUGGUCAGAUGAAACCAAAAUAGAACUUUUUGGUAAAAACUCAACUCGUCAUGUUUGGAGGACAAAGAAUGCUGAGUUGCAUCCAAAGAACACCAUACCUACUGUGAAGCAUGGGGGUGGAAACAUCAUGCUUUGGGGCUGUUUUUCUGCAAAGGGACCAGGACGACUGAUCCGUGUAAAGGAAAGAAUGAAUGGGGCCAUGUAUCAUGAGAUUUUGAGUGAAAACCUCCUUCCAUCAGCAAGGGCAUUGAAGAUGAAACGUGGCUGGGUCUUUCAGCAUGACAAUGAUCCCAAACACACCGCCCGGGCAACGAAGGAGUGGCUUCGUAAGAAGCAUUUCAAGGUCCUGGAGUGGCCUAGCCAGUCUCCAGAUCUCAAAAAUGUUUAUUUUUAAUUCACAAUCUGUAGAAGCAAUGAGAAUAGAAAGGUUCAGAACUUUUGUAAAACAUCACAGUACGGUUGAAAUAUAUAUGGCAAAUAGAAAUCCUAUAUGGAUGGUGUUAAGAGAUAAAUGGGAGGUAUUGAAUAGAGUUGAAGGAUGGGACUAAUAACAAAUAACAACAAAUAAUAACAAAGAUAGCUAAUAAUGUAAGCAUACUGUGUCCAUAAUAAGUAUAUAGGUUGUAUGUUGGGAGCUUUUGGGAAAGAGCACAGUUAGAAAGAUAUGGCAUUUAGAAGCAAACCGGAUGGACAUCAUGAAAAUGAUCGGAGAGGUUGAGAGUAGAAGAAGUUCAGGAGCAAAAAAAUAUAAAUAUAUAUAUAUAUAAUUAUUGUAAAAUUAACUCUGUCCAUAAGGUGUAGAUAGUAAGUAUAGACCGGAAGUAGAGGCCUGGGCGUUGUUGUUCACUAAUUUACUCCAAGUAGGGAAAGGAUGGUGGGGUUGAAAAGUAAUAAAGGGGAAUAUAUAUAUAAAAAAUAAAAAUACAACAUGGGGGAUUGGAAGUGAUGCAGACAAUUACAUUGAUAGAAGAUACAAUCUAUCUGCAAUAUUAAGCUGAUCCAUUCCCCCCCCCCAAAAAAAAAAAAAAAAAAAAAAAAGUAACACCAGCCCCACCGUCAAACAUGGAGGUGGAAACAUUAUGCAUUGGGGGUGUUUUUCUGCUAAGGGGUUAGGACAACUUCACCGCAUCAAAGGGACGAUGGCCGGGGCCAUGUACCGUCAAAUCUUGGAUGACAACCUCCUUCCCUCAGCCAGGGCAUUGAAAAUGGGUCGUGGAUGGGUAUUCCAGCAUGACAAUGACCCAAAACACACGGCCAAGGCAACAAAGGAGUGGCUCAAGACGAGGCACAUUAAGGUCCUGGAGUGGCCUAGCCAGUCUCCAGACCUUAAUCCCAUAGAAAAUCUGUGGAGGGAGCUGAAGGUUCGAGUUGCCAUACGUCAGCCUCAACCUUAAUGACUUGGAGAAGAUCUGCAAAGAGGAGUGGGACAAAAUCCCUACUGAAAUGUGUGCAAACCUGGUGGCCAACUACAAGAAACGUCUGACCUCUGUGAUUGCCAACAAGGGUUUUGCCACCAAGUACUAAGUCAUGUUUUGCAGAAGGGUCAAAUACUUAUUUCCCUCAUUAAAAUGCAAAUCAAUUUAUAACAUUUUUGACAUGCAUUUUUCUGGAUUUUUUUGUUGUUAUUCUGUCUCUCACUGUUCAAAUAAAUAUACCAUUAAAAUUAUAGACUGAUCAUUUCUUUGUCAGUGGGAAAACGUACAAAAUCAGCAGGGGAUCAAAUACUUUUUUCCCCCACUAUAUACAGUGGGGAAAACAUUUUAUUUAGUCAGCCACCAAUUGUGCAAGUUCUCCCACUUAAAAAGACGAGACGCCUGUAAUUUUCAUCAUAGGUACACGUCAACUAUGACAGACAAAAUGAGAAGAAAAAAAUCCAGAAAAUCUUUUUCUUUAUGAAUUUAUUUGCAAAUUAUGGUGGAAAAUAAGUAUUUGGUCACCUACAAACAAGCAAGAUUUCUGGCUCUCACAGACCUGUAACUUCUUCUUUAAGAGGCUCCUCUGUCCUCCACUCGUUACCUGUAUUAAUGGCACCUGUUUGAACUUGUUAUCAGUAUAAAAGACACCUGUCCACAACCUCAAACAGUCACCCUCCAAACUCCACCAGGACGACUGAUCCGUGUAAAGGAAAGAAUGAAUGGGGCCAUGUAUCGUGAGAUUUUGAGUGAAAACCUCCUUCCAUCAGCAAGGGCAUUGAAGAUGAAACGUGGCUGGGUCUUUCAGCAUGACAAUGAUCCCAAACACACCGCCCGGGCAACGAAGGAGUGGCUUCGUAAGAAGCAUUUCAAGGUCCUGGAGUGGCCUAGCCAGUCUCCAGAUCUCAACCCCAUAGAAAAUCUUUGGAGGGAGUUGAAAGUCCGUGUUGCCCAGCGACAGCCCCAAAACAUCACUGCUCUAGAGGAGAUCUGCAUGGAGGAAUGGGCCAAAAUACCAGCAACAGUGUGUGAAAACCUUGUGAAGACUUACAGAAAACGUUUGACCUGUGUCAUUGCCAACAAAGGGUAUAUAACAAAGUAUUGAGAAACUUUUGUUAUUGACCAAAUAUUUAUUUUCCACCAUAAUUUGCAAAUAAAUUCAUAAAAAAUCCUACAAUGUGAUUUUCUGGAUUUUUUCUCCUCAUUUUGUCUGUCAUAGUUAUCUGCAAUAUUAAAGCUGAUCUACCCCCGUAAAAUAAAUAAAUAAAAAAGAUGCAGGCAGUAAUUAAUUUGCAUUUUAUUGCAUGACAUAAGUAUUUGAUACAUCAGAAAAGCAGAACUUAAUAUUUGGUACAGAAACCUUUGUUUGCAAUUACAGAGAUCAUACGUUUCCUGUAGGUCUUGACCAGGUUUGCACACACUGCAGCAGGGAUUUUGGCCCACUCCUCCAUACAGACCUUCUCCAGAUCCUUCAGGUUUCGGGGCUGUCGCUGGGCAAUACGGACUAUCAGCUCCCUCUAAAGAUUUUCUAUUGGGUUCAGGUCUGGAGACUGGCUAGGCCACUCCAGGACCUUGAGAUGCUUCUUACGGAGCCACUCCUUAGUUGCCCUGGCUGUGUGUUUCGGGUCGUUGUCAUGCUGGAAGACCCAGCCAAGACCCAUCUUCAAUGCUCUUACUGAGGGAAGGAGGUUGUUGGCCAAGAUCUCGCGAUACAUGGCCCCAUCCAUCCUCCCCUCAAUACGGUGCAGUCGUCCUGUCCCCUUUGCAGAAAAGCAUCCCCAAAGGAUGAUGUUUCCACCUCCAUGCUUCACGGUUGGGAUGGUGUUCUUGGGGUUGUACUCAUCCUUCUUCUUCCUCCAAACACGGCGAGUGGAGUUUAGACCAAAAAGCUCUAUUUUUGUCUCAUCAGACCACAUGACCUUCUCCCAUUCCUCCUCUGGAUCAUCCAGAUGGUCAUUGGCAAACUUCAGACGGGCCUGGACAUGCGCUGGCUUGAGCAGGGGGACCUUGCGUGCGCUGCAGGAUUUUAAUCCAUGACGGCGUAGUGCGUUACUAAUGGUUUUCUUUGAGACUGUGGUCCCAGCUCUCUUCAGGUCAUUGACCAGGUCCUGCUGUGUAGUUCUGGGCUGAUCCCUCACCUUCCUCAUGAUCAUUGAUGCCCCACAAGGUGAGAUCUUGCAUGGAGCCCCAGACCGAGGGUGAUUGACCGUAAUCUUGAACUUCUUCCAUUUUCUAAUAAUUGCGCCAACAGUUGUUGCCUUCUCACCAAGCUGCUUGCCUAUUGUCCUGUAGCCCAUCCCAGCCUUGUGCAGGUCUACAAUUUUAUCCCUGAUGUCCUUACACAGCUCUCUGGUCUUGGCCAUUGUGGAGAGGUUGGAGUCUAUUUGAUUGAGUGUGUGGACAGGUGUCUUUUAUACAGGUAACGAGUUCAAACAGGUGCAGUUAAUACAGGUAAUGAGUGGAGAACAGGAGGGCUUCUUAAAGAAAAACUAACAGGUCUGUGAGAAAAAAAACAUGGGGGUUUGGAAGUGAUGCAGACAAUUACAUUGAUGGAAGUUACAAUCUAUCUGCAAUGUUAAAGCUGAUCUACCCCCUAAAUAAAAAUGUAUCCUGCAUAUCCGCAGGCUAUAUUGGGAAAUGGGCUAUUGGAAGUGCUGUCUUUCUUACGCAUAUCGUUUGUCGUCUUUGGUGUGCCUAUCAAUGCACAAGCCCUUUUUUCCCCACUCGUAGCGAUAAAAUAAUUGUAUUAAGUCUAUGUGAAAGUUUUACUGCUCUUGAAUUUUCAAAUGCAUGCUUUCAUUAGUAAGUGUGUGGAGUGAAAUGUGUAGUGUCAGUUAUCUAGGGUUGAACUCAGUUGACCAAAGUUAGCUCGCUAACUGUUUUAUGCCAUUUACACCCCAAUAUUGACAAAGAUCGUUUUUUUUCCCAAUCUUAGAAUCUGAAUACUUGUAUGUUUUCAUCUGUGAAUGUGUUUGUCUUCUGUCUCUAUAGUUCUAUAAGAAGAAACAUGGAGUGGUGGUGUUCCAGCAGAGCAGCCGAGGAGAGAACAUGAUGCUGGAGAUCAUACCUAGCAAAGAGGAACCAGUGAGUAUGGACACACAGUCUUGUUUCUAUGACGAGUCGAAGACUGUUAGAAACACUAUGCCUGGAGCAGAAGUAGUAGAUUUUGUUUCUCACCCCCUUCUCCCUCUCUCUAUCCCUCUUUCUUAUCCUCCCCACUCUCUCCCCAUUUCAGAUGUGUGAUAAUGUAGCCUCCCUGGUCCUGGGUCGGUCUGUCUUUGUCAACUGGCCCCACCUAGAGGAGGCCAGGGUGGUAGCAGUGUCUGACGGGGAGAGAAAGUAAGAGCCACACUUAGUUCUACUCAUGCCUAAUGAGGGCUAAACUUAACUACAGUGCUAAACCUGAACUGUCUGUCACGGCCCUUCUUUCAGUUCUCAUUAGACUAUAACUUUGAAGUACACCGAGUUGUCGAUUUUCAUCAAUAUCUAUCUCCUUCCACCUCCAACCCUCCUUUCCCCUACAUUUUCUCUCUCCCUCCUUCACUCACCCCUCCCCCUCAGGUUCUUCCUGGAAGAGCCGGCAGGGAUGCAGAAACUGUACGACAGGGACUCUCCUCCCCCCACUAAGGUCACCUACCUCAGUGACAAAGAACAGAAGGACUGGGUUAAGGACGUACAGGGCAUCACUGAGCAGUAAGCAUCUAUUUGUUAUAAAAACGUAUGUUUGUCAUCAAAGUGGAGUAGUUUUUCAGUGUGGUCUUGUGUAUGUUGGAUUUCUGCACCCUCUUUGGUAGAAGUGCCGUCCUAUGAGUCUAUACAUUUUUUUUACUUGACCUUUAUUUCACCAAGAAGUCCCAUUUUGGUCAGAAGACCUCUUUUUCUAGGGAGACCUGUGUUUUGCCUGACCACUCUCCCUACCAUAAUACCUCUGUUUCUCUCUCCUGCUCUCUCGAGUACGAGAGAGCGCGAGGACGAUAGCAGAGAGCGAGCAUCGGCAGAGAGAGAGCGAGAGAGUGAGAUACCGUCUCGCGCUCUAUUCAUGGAUCGCUCGGAGUCUGCUCUCUCUACUCUAAGCAGAUCUUGCUUCUCUCUCUCUACUCUCUCUCUCUUCUAUCCUCUCUCUCUCUCUCUCCCUCCCACCUGUUUCCCCUCUCUCUCUCCCCUCAAUCUCAGUUUCAGUAAGCGUAAGGGCGUCACUGUGAAUGAGACUGCGGUGGUGUUGUAUACCCAGCUGCUGACAGGCAGGAAGUAUGUACCUGGGCAGAGUGGACAGGUGCACCUGGAGAAACAGUGGGCCAAGCAGAUACUGCCCUACCCCUACCAGACCAUCGUCAAGGUGAGCACAGACGCGUACACUGUGCAAUAUAGACAAAAAUCAAUAUUGUGAUAAAUUGCCUGAAUUUUGUGAUAAUGAUAAAUAGAACGAUAACUUUAUAACAUUAAUGUGCACCACAGGUUUUGGGGAAUUAUUAUUUAAACUACUACUAGUUUGAUUGUUGUAGCCAUCAAUUGUCCCAUUAAAAUUCAACCUUAUUAGCAAACUUAUUUCAUUUCAAACUUCACAUUUCUCUAGUAUAGGCUACUUAUCGUAAUUAACAAUAUCAGUAAAAUGCCUACGAUAACUAUGGUCGGUAUCACACACACACACACAUACACACACACACACACACACACACACACAACUCUCUCCCUCUCUCUCUCAGGACAUCAAAGCCUUUGACUCAUCGUCGACUCGCUUCAAGACCCUGGAGGAGCUAUUUCCCCCGACGACCACGGUGUUCAUGGUGGGGAACCCCUACUACGGUGCCAUGGGAGAGGUCGGCACCACUUCCUGUUUCCUGUCUCUACUUCCUGUCUAAGCCUUAAACACUUCCUUAUUGACCUGGACUACUUGCCCUUUCUAUGCCAGUUGUUGUCGUUCUUUUGCAUUACCCUUUCCGCCUCUUAAUAACAACAGUCCUGACAAAGCUAAAUGUGUAGAGUCAUGAAAUGAGGAUCUGUGAGAAAAGCCUUUCAUGCUUUUCCCUUUGGUCACACAGGUGCAGGAGUCCAGUGAUGUCAUCAAAGAGGGACGGGUGCGGGUGGUGUUCACGGUGCCCUGUGAACCACCGAUGGAAUCCUUAAUACAGAACCAGCAUGUAAGUCAUUCUCAAAACGACACCUCUCUCACACUCCUCCCUUGCCCCACCACAUGACCAAACAUGUGCAGCCUUUCCAAGCUCACCCUCUCCUCUCUCUCUCCUGAAAGAAAUACUGUGUGAAGUACAGUCCUGGCUACGUUCUGGCCUCACGCCUUGGCAUCACCGGCUACCUCGUCUCCAGAUUCUCUGGCAGCAUCUUUGUCGGCAGAGGAUCCAAGAAAAAGUGAGUGAACACAUUUCAAAUAACAGCCUGUUCUCCAUUAAGUGCACUACUUUUGACCAUAUAGGUUGUUUUGCAUGUGUCUAAUAAACCAUGUCGCUCUCUCCCUCCGUGUCUUUCUUCUGUUCUCCCUCUCUCCCUGUCCCCCCUCAGUCCCCAUGGGGAGCAGAAGGCUAACGUGGGUCUGAACCUGAAGUUCAAUAAGAAGAAUGAGGAGGUGCCAGGUUACACCAAGAGAACAGAGAAGGAGUGGCUCUACUCUGACGCUGUGGAGGAACUGAUGGCUGAGUACCUGGAUAGGUGUGUGAAACAGCGUUGUGCGUGUUAGUGUGUGUGGUGUGUGUGAAACAGCAUUGUGCGUGUUAUUGUUAGUGUGUGUGCGUGUGUAACCUGCCUUGUGUGUCUCCUGUAGGUUCUCUGAGGUGUUUGACCUGGUGUCCAGGAACAGUCACGAUGAUGUCUUCUAUGAGGAUGACAUCUGGCCUGGAGUGGACGAAAACGGGUAGCACUCAUAUUCAUGCAUUUAACACUCAUAAUUUACACUCAGUCAUACAGUCAUAAUAGUUAAACUUGUAUGCUUGCAACACUUACACACUUAAGACUUGCAUUCAGAUUUUCUUAAACACACAUAGAAAACACUAGGAGUACGUUGGUAUGUAUCAAGGCAGAAGUAGAUAAGUGGUAGUAAUAUUGAGAAUGGUGGUGAGGGUAGUUGUGAUGGGGAUGGUUUUCCGGCAGGGCGGAGAGGGUGAAGGAGAUCACUUCCUGGUUGAAGACACACCCAGUCGCCGACAUCGCCCGCGCGUCAUGUGACCUGCAGAUCCUGGACACUGCCAUCGUGGAGCAGAUCGAGGAGGAAGUGGCUAAGGUAACUGGGGGCUGUCAAUGAUUUAUCUGUCCUCUCCCUCAGCUUUAUCAUCAAUAUUAUCUCUGUCAAUCAUUUAUAUCAAAUCUAAUUUUAUUGGUCACAUACACGUGUUUAGCAGAUGUUAUUGCGGGUGUAGCGAAAUGCUUGUGCUUCUAGCUCCGACAGUGCAGUAAUAUUUAACAAGGAAUAUCUAACAAUUUCACAAAAUAUACCCAAUGCACACAUCUAAGUAAGGAAUGAAUUAAGAAUACAUAUAUGGACGAGCGAUGUCAGAGCGGCAUGGACUAAGAUACAGUAGAAUAGUAUAGAAUACAGUAUAUACAUUUGAGAUGAGUAAUGCAAGAUAUGUAAACAUUAUUAAAGUGACUAGUGUUCCAUUUAUUAAAGUGGCCAGUGAUUUCUAAUCUGUGUAUAUAGGCAGCAGCCUCUAAUGUGGUAGUGAUGGCUGUUUAAAGGUCUGAUGGCCUUGAGAUAGAAGCUAUUUUUCAGUCUCUCUGUCCCAGCUUUGAUGCACCUGUACUGACCUUGCCUUCUGGAUGAUAGCGGGGUGAACAGGCAGUGUCUCGGGUGGUUGAUGUCCUUGAUGAUCUUUUUGGCCUUCCUGUGACAACGGGUGCUGUAGGUGUCCUGGAGGGCGGGUAGUUUGCCCCCGGUAAUGCGUUGUGCAGACCACUACACUCUCUGGAGAGCCUUGCGGUUGCGGGCGGUGCUGUUGCUUUACCAGGCGGUGAUACAGCCAGACAGGAUGCUCUCAAUUGUGCAUCUGUAAAAGUAUGUGAGGGUUUUAGGUGCCAAGCCUAAUUUCUUCAGCCCCCUGAGGUUGAAGAGGCUCUGUUGCGCCUUCUUCACCACACUGUGUGGGUGGUCCAUUUCAGUUUGUCAGUGAUGUGUACGCCAAGGAACUUGAAGCUUUCCACCUUCUCCACUGCGGUCCCGUCGAUGUGGAUAGAGGGGUGCUCUCUCUCCCUCGGCACUGUCAUCAAUAUUCUCUCUGUCAAUCAUUUAUCUGUCAUCGAUAUUCUCUCUGUCAAUCAUUUAUCUGUCAUCUCCCUCGGCUCUGUCAUCGAUAUUCUCUCUGUCAAUCAUUUAUCUGGCUACUCUUACCCUCAUUUUUCUGUCAAUUUAAUAAGGUAGGUGGAUGGACACACUACUCAACAAGCCCUUCCUUCACUGUCAAUUAUCAAUUGAAUAUUGUUUGUAGUGUUCCUGUAGUCCCUCUUACCUCCCUCUGUUUCUCAGGUGAAGAAGAGCAGCAAGAAAGUGCGUGUGACCGUGAAGCCCCAUUUGCUCUUCAGGGUGAGGAGUGUGUGUGGAGAGGAACAUUUAUGACUGUCUGUGUCAUAUAGUGGGUGACAAGGACAUUAAAACCUCCAUAUUGGUCCAACACAUACAACUGCUCUAAACCCUGGUGUGUGUGUGUCCCUCCCUCCAGCCUUUAGAGCAGCAGCACGGUGUGGUCCCUGACCCGGAUGCAGAGUACCACCUGUUUGACCGGGUGGUCAAUGUCAGAGAGAGCUUCUCUGUCCCCCUCGGCCUCCGAGGAACCAUCAUCGGCAUCAAGGGAUGUAAGUAGGCGCACACAACACACCCACACUUGGUUACAUCUCUCUCACACUCACUCACUCUUUCUCUCAUAUACAACAUACACACGGCCACCCUCUCAUCUUUGAACCGUCUCUAAACCGAUGUUAAACGUCUCUCCCAUGGCAGCUGAUCGGGAGGCUGAGGUUUUGUAUGAGGUUGUGUUUGAUGAAGAGUUUGCCGGUGGACUUAAUAUCAGGUACAGUCUCAUGUCUGUGUUUCAUUGUUUCACAUAGGCCUAUGUUAAGUGUUUCAGGCCUUUGAUUCAUAACAUAUUUUAUUUUAGGUUAUGCGUUUUUUUUAUGUCAAGUACCUGUGUUUUGUGACUGUGGCCCAUUGUCUGAUCUGACUGUUGUUCUGGGUGACUGUAGUUUGCCUAACUGUGGUCUGUUGCCUGACUAGGUGUGCGUCAGGCCGUGGCUACAGGCUUCCUCCGUGUGCCUUAAUCAACCUGAGCCAUGGGGGCCGUGUGGAGCAGGGCUCCCACAAACUGACCGCCAUCGUCAAGCCCCAGCCUGCCUCCUCCCACCACCACACACACAACAAAGGACAGCUGGCCGGGCUCAACCACUCCCCACGCUCACCCUUCAUACCCACACAGGUAGGACUGGAGUAGAGCAUAUUACGCAUGUACUCACGUCACGUUUGCACACACACACACUCAAAUAAGAAUGGGUUAAAUCUCCCACUCAUUAGACUAAACCAGAAUAGAUCCUAGUGAAUCGCCUCCAACUUUCUCUCUGUUUCUCACAUUUGCCCACCAUACUCUCUAUCUACCUCCCUCUGUAUGUCUUGAUGUAAACAUUACCUCCUCUCUCUCUCUCCCUUUGUCUGUCUCUCCAUCUGUCUCGCUCACUCUCCCUCGGUCUCUCUCCCUCUCUCGCCCUCUCUCUCUUUCUCCAUCUCUCUCUCUCUCUCCCUCUGUCUCUCUCAGCAGCAGAACGGCAGACAAAACAUUCUCAGGGCAGACACUCAGGGCAACAAAAAUGUGCACCACAAUGCCCUCAGCCAGAAACACCAGCCUAAGGUAAGCCUGUGUUUGUUCUCUCUCUGGCUCUCUGUUUGUGUAUGAGUUUUUCUGUAUACAAAGCUAGAUUAGUGUGUGGUGGAGUGUGUGUAACAUCUCUCUGUCCCUCUCUGUGACUGCAGGGUAAAGAUGAGGAGUUCAGUAAUGUGUGGCAGUCUCUGCAGAGUUCUGGAAUGCCUCAGAAACCACCAGCCCAUUGGCAACAAGGCAAUGUAAGUCCAUUCAUAACUUUGUCUGUACCAGUGUCAAUGUAAAGUGUUACAAUACUCACAUUGUGAGUGUAGUAGUGUUCAUUGUUGCUUUUUGUGUGUGUGUGUGUCUAUGCGUGCGAAUAAAGCUAUUGUACAUCUCUCUGUGUGACCUGACCCCCAUCUCUGUGUGUGUCUGUCCCCAGGUGGGUAAUUCUGCCUGGGCUCCAGGGUCUCCCGGACAGGAAGGGCAGUUCCAGGGGCAACAGGGCAGGAACCAACCCCAGAGUCAACAACAGCAACCCCCCAAACCUGUAAGUCACCAUUUCAUCCUAACGUUUGAACCCUUAUACACCUACAUCCCUAACCUUUGAACCCUACACAUUCCUAAACAUCAAACCACAUCUCUUUGGUCCUUACUUUAGCUCCCAUCAUCACCCCCAGCUGUAGACAAAUAGCAGGCAGUGGCCAGGGUCCUCAGCAGGCAGCUUAGCCAGUGGAGUCAGGACUACAAAUGAAAUGAAACUAGUCAAUAAAAUGCACUUUCCGAAAGCCGAUUUCAGUGUGGGGUUUGUUAUUACAAGUGGAAGGCUGUGUGUAGACUAAGUUGUUAGUUUAGUCAAACAUCAGUGAAGAUGAAAUAACAUUUUGAUGUUAUCGGGAGGUGAGUGAAGUGUGAGAGAGAGGUGAGAUUUUUCUUAUUUUUUGUUGUUGAAAGAUGUCAAUGUGCGAGUUCUGUGAGGGGGAAUGAGGUGUGUGUAUGCGUGUCUUUGUGUAAGAGAGAUAUGAUGUGUGUGUGUCUGGGAAAGAGAGAGCGAUACAACAUGUGUGUAAAACUUCAUGUUGUUUUAUAGGGUCCAGCAGGAAGUAUCAGACUGCUGAAGAGAAAUGAAGAUGUCGACUCUCUGUUUCCCGCUCAGAACGCCACAAAGAAGGUACACACACACACACACACACACACACACACACACACACACACACACACACACACACACACACACACACACACACACACACACACACACACAAUCUUACCCACCUGUCCCCCUCUGUCUCCAGCAAACAGAGUUUGAGGAGUUGAUCGCCAACCUGAAGAUCACCAAGGGCAACGAGCCAACUCCACCCCCUCCAGCCAAGGAGCCCACGAGCCAAUCGGAAGAGCCGCUGUCGCCACAAUCGUUCGCAAUGGUGGGUAAUAGACUAGUACAGUCACUGGUUGGUCUUAUGCUAUAGUGCACUCAGGGCCCAUAUCAAACUCUUAAAUUAGAUUUAUCCGCUUCUUCCUUGUGGUUUGUUGUAGUAGUCAGUAGACUAAUUGUGAUUGGUUGUUCUCCUGUGUGUAGAAGGGGACUCUGGCCCUGAAGGAGAUGCUGAACAUUGGCUCAGCCCCUGACUCCACUAGUCCCACCUCCUCCAACACACAGCAGCAGAACAGGAGAAGACCCACCAAGAAACUGGGUGAGCUGAAAUACAGGGUUUAACUACAUGUUUAGAUACAGGUGGAACUAUUUGGAGAUACGACAAAUAUUAAACCAGUUUUUCUACCUUCCCCUUCUCGUCCUUCCCCAUCUUUCCUUUCAUCUCUCCUUUCUCCCUCCUUCCACCUCUUUCCAUAUCGCUCUCCCUCCUCCCCUUUGCUCCAUCUCUUUUCACCCCCUUUCUCUCGUUCUACCCUCAUCCUCUCCACCUCACCCCUCUGUCUGUCUCAGCGGCGAGGAUGGGAGACUUAGUGUUACCUCUGGCCCCAGCAGCAGCAGCAGUCCCUCCCCUGCAGGCCCCCCAGCCCUCCUCCAUGGUCCCCAGUGUGGCCUCAGAGCUGGCUAGGAUCUGUAUAGGCCUGGGCAUGGCCCCACCCGACUUCACCUUCAUACGCAGCAGACAGGUGAGGCAGAGACACAUACACACAUAGCAGGCAAGCACACACAGACAUGUUACAUGCACAUACACAUGUAGCAGGCACACACACACACACAGUGUUGUCAAAGUGUAAAAUUGUGGGCACAUCCUUUAGCAACGUCCCUACAUCUCUCUGUUUCUCAAAGUCGUCUUCUCUCGCUACCUCCACCUCCAUUCUCUCUCUUCCUCUCUCUCCUCCUCCUCUCCCAGGGUUUGAUGGUGUGUCAGGUGAAGCUCUCCAGUGGUCUGCUGGUCCACGGUCCCCAGAGUCAGUCUGAGAAUGAAGCCAAAGAGAAGGCAUCCCUCUUCGCCCUGCAGCGCCUUGUGAGUGUGGUGUGUGUCCCUACUGUACCUCUGCACGAUCUGUCUGUGUGUGUGUGUUUACACGUGCAUGUCAAACUGUUUCUUUAUUAUUUUAUUGUGUGUAUAUAUUUGACUAAUGUCUCCUAUACUUCUGUUUUUUAACCUCUCUCUCUGUCUCCUGUAGAAUUCGGUGGGUUCUGGGUUCCCCCUGCCUCCGCCUCUGUUCUCCGGGGUCGGCCAGAUAAGGGGACCGCCCAUGGGACCCAUCUCUAACGUAUUCGGCCAAUCAGGUGAGACCUGCCGUCAUGUGGGGCGUCUAUAAUGAUACUAAAGUAUACUGUAACAGUACGACCACUCUGGGUGCAGUUAUGCCUUUCGCCUUGUUGGUUUUAGGACACUUAUGAAUACAGGAUGUGAACCUAACCCGUUCUCUGUCUCCCCCCCCCCCCCCCACUCCAGGUGGUCUGCUAAUCCCUCCUCAGGGGUAUGGUCCUCUCCACUGGGGCAUGCCCCUCCCGUCCCACCAGGGACAGCCCUUCUACGGUGGCACCUUCCCUGGCGCCCGGCCCCAAGCACCCUCCGUUCCCAUCGGCUCACACAACCAGUUUGUCCCCCUGCAGGUAGGAGCUCCAGAACCUGUUUCUGUGGUUUACACCAGAACCUGUUUCUGUGGUUCACAUUAAAUAUGGUUCACAACAACACAGUAUUGUGCGCAUAUGUGGCCAAAAGAAACAUAUUGAUAGUAUUUGGGGAUUCCAUCACAGAUUAGCCUAGAGAAAUUACGAUUAUUAACUGUGUGUGUUCUCACACAAUCCUAACCUCUAAAUUCUAACCCCUGUCAGGUGACUAAGAAGCGCGUGUCAUCAGGCAAGAAGCCACAGGAGUUCUACAAUGCGGCUCACACGGUGAGGAACCAAGCCCAGAGUAACGAAGCCCAGUCUCACUCCCAACCCUCCCUAUCCCCGGCCCCCUCAGCAACUCCUGCAGCCCCCAUCACACCCCCAAAGACCGCCGAGGACCCCCCUGAGACGGCUGGGACCCCCUCCACGCCACAGACGCCACGCCAGAACACCACGCCAGGCCAUGGCCACACCCCUGGUUCCGCCUCCAAGAGGAAACACAGGAAACUGGCGGUCAACUUCGAA